CUUCGAGAUGACCCGCGAUGUAUUGGCAGGGCUCGAUGCCGACGGGUGUGGUAUCCUGCACUACGCGUCGGGCAACGUACUGGCAGUUGUGAGUCGAGUGAAUGGCGGCAAGUAUACCCAACUAUUCGACGAUGCAGAAUCCAACAGCGCCCAUGUGCAGCUGCUCGCCGCGUUCAACUAUGCUGGCAUCGGGUUUGCCAACUUUCGAUCCGGAGCUCACCGACUGGUGACGACCAAACCGGGGGUGCUCGUGCUCCACGAAGACGGAUCCAUGGCCCAGGAAUAUCCAUGGGGGAAGGCGUCGCCAGACACGCCGCUGCCGUCGCCCAUCGAAUUCAACUUGAAUGCGAUCCUGUCGUUUCGGUGCACGAGCAAAGCCAACAUCCAAGUGACAUUGCAACGGGACGGCCAUUUUGUGUUUGAGCUGGGCCACACGGCGUCGCGAUACGACACUUACCUGAGCAAAGUGCUGCACCAACGCGUCGACGGAUCGCUCGUGUUAGACAUCCACCCCCCGACGCUCAUCCAGCGCCAAGUAGCGUUCCAAGUGACGGACCCCGUGAAGAAGGCUCAACGCCACAACUGGGCGUUGCCCCGGCUGUCCUCCAGCGGACGAGAAGCAGAGCGAGUCCGGCCGCGGGAGCAUUUGCAGACGGUUCUGGACACGAACAACGCCCUGGUGGAUCGGUUGAAUGCGUUCACGACUUGCAUCACGGCGAAUGUGGCCGCGGAGUGUCAUCGGCAGCGCCAGAUCCCAUCCAAGAGCUUCUACUCGCCCAUUUCAAAGCCGUGCUUUGUGCCCCGGGCCAAAGUGAAGCGGCCGAUUGUCAUGUCGAAGCACCUCCCACGGCUCCACCCACAGCAUCUUGAUCGAUUCCUCUCGACUGUCAAAAGCACCCAGCUCGUCGUUGUGCUAUGCUCGAACUUGUCCACGUCCGACUGCAUCGCCGCUGAAAAGAUGCUCGCCAAAUUUGAACACGAUUGGGCAGCGGAGGACGACCUUAUCGCAGCGACAAAGCCGCCGGUAGUCGCCCCUGUGGUUCCCGUACCAGUCCCUGACACUACCCCUAUCCCCAAAUCACCAACGAACAAGCCCGGAAAACCCAAAAGUACCCCCACAGGUCCUGCUGCUCCCAACCCACCACCCACUACACCUGGAGCCAGCACCGACGCAGUUGCUGCUGUCCUAGUACCAGUGACUAGUACUACUACUAGUAUGGAGAUCACGUCAUUGUCCAAAGUCUCCAGGGCAGAUAUUGAUCCUGCUCCCGAAAGAAGUCAGAGCACCAAGCGCAUCGUUCUCGUCGACUGCUCCACGUCGACCCUUCUCGCGCGGCGGCAUAACUUUAGCGUGUAUCCAAUGUACUUGAUGUACUUUGGAGGCCAGUUGGGGUUCUGCUCCAACACGUUCAACGGGUUUGGCCGCACGGACGUGGACUUUUUACUGCAGGUGAAAACAACGCUAAGGAAUUGCCAGCGCAACAUUUUUCUCCCACCCACCUUUCGGUUUCCAUAACGAUAGAACUCUAAAAGCUGUGAUCAACACGUUUGCCACAACAAAUUUGCACAUUUGUGGUAUUUAAACCAGAACACGAGCUCGACGCAUCCUGGACGUUGUCAUGUGUAUCAAGGCGACUGUAACGUUACCUACAGCUUAUGAUUGCCCUCUGCCACAUUUGAGUUGUUGGCUGGUUCAACUAUACGG